CUCUGAAGGGCUCUCUGAAACGUGAAGGCCCAGAACUCCCACAUCGACCUGAAGAGGAUGAAGCUCUCCGGAGUCAGUUUCGGUUGUGACAGUGACCUGCUGGACGGAGUGUUCCAGGUGUUUUUGCAUGAAGGCCAUGUUGUAGUGAGAGCUGGCAACAGUGAGAUUAAGACGCAGAAGACGUACAACGAUGACAACAGCCACUACAUUGCUCUCUACAACAACAUCAACUGGAUGCGUCUGUACAUGGACGACGUGCUGGAGAAACUAAACGAGGGCCUCCGGCUGAACAGCAGAGGGCGCAGUUUGACGACCAAGGAGGGAAGCACCUUCCUGGGAGGAAUGUCCAACCAAACCCUCUCUAAUCUCACUGGAUGUAUCAGCAAUGUUUUCAUCAAGAGUGUAAAGGAUUCUCAGACGGUGUUGAACCUGCUGAAAGUAAAAGAAAACGUCAACGUUCCUCUUGACUGUCCUGCUGCCAAAAAACCUCAGCAGAUCGUUGCUGCCCAGCCCAAACACAGCAACAAACCCAGGGGAAAGCACAGGAAGCCAUCUGGGUCUCGCAGCCGUAACACCAGGGAGUCCUGUCAGGGGGAGCUGUCAGACCAGGAGGCCGGAGCGACGCACUUCAGCGGCUCCACACACAGCUACCGGAGAUACAACUCUCUGCCCAGCUCACUCAGCUCAAUGCCUCAGAUUUCCAUGGUGUUGAGGAUCAACUCCUCUGAUGGUUUGGUGCUGUACGCAGCUGGUGGGCAGCGCAGUGUGGCCGUGAUGUCACUCAGCGUGUCAGACGGCCACCUGUUGCUUUUGUUGGACGGCGGAAAGAGGAAGGUCAGCAUGCGGAGCCGCAAGAAGUACAACGACAACCAGUGGCACACGGUGUUUAUAAAACGCGAAGGCGAGAAGAUCAGCCUUAUAGUGGACGGUAUCAGUGCUCAGUCUAAGAGAAUCCCUGGAGGAGACCGGACUCGUCUCGCUGGGCCUUUAUAUGUUGGAGGAGUCCCGGCCUCACUGACGGCUCCAGGCUCUGGUGGCUUCGUCGGUUGUGUCAGGGACCUGACGCUAAACGAAGCCCUUGCAAAAAGUCCCACUCAUAGUCAGGGGACGGUGCAUUGCUUCCAGAGUCCUCUCCAGCCCAGAGCGUAUUUCUCUGGCCAGGGAGGACACAUGGCAAUAGCAUGA